UUUAACUGUCAGCAAUCAAAAUCCGCUACUCCAAGAAUAAACGUCAAAAUAUCGCAGCCCGUCCAGCCUAUCGAUGAUUCUCUUUUUUUUUUUUAAAACACCCUUUGAUGAACGAAGAAGAAAUCAACGCCAUAAUAAACACACGAAUAGGUGAGCUGCCGGAGAAGGAGCGUGAGACUGCGCGCUACGACAUUCUGUACCUGUACAACCGUGCGAUCAACAAGCAGGAGAAGGACGACUCGCAUACUAAUGAAGGCGGCACGCUGCGCAGUGUCUUGGUGGACAUAAGCAAGCGUUUGGUAGACUUCAGGCUGAACGAUUUGCGUGCUGUCGAGGACGUAGGCGCACCACGGGCCACCGACGAACAGAUAAGCAUGGCAAAGCGCAAGACCAUUAUUGGCGAGCGUGUGGGCAAGAACAAGCGGUUCCCAAAGACCGAUGAGGAGCGCAGGAUGCUCAACCAGAUCUUCAAGAACACAUUUUUAUUUUCAUUCCUGAAUUUGCGCCAACGGCGCAAUUUCGUGGCGUGCAUGCAGCCGUUCGAUACGUACAAAGACGAUGUGCUGAUACGUGUUGGAGACAACGGUGACCGGCUGUACUUUCUUGAGCGCGGUAAGUUCAGCGUGCUCAACAGCGACGGGGAAAAGGAGCUGCCGCUGCACAGCGUGAUCGGCGAGAUUGCGCUUCUUCACAACGUGCCGCGUACCGCCACCGUAAUAUCACGUGCUGAUGGGCGUGUCUGGUACUUGGAGAGGGAGUGCUACAACACCAUACGUAUGUUUGACCAGGAAAAUAAAUGGAACAUUUUUGUGAAGCGCAUGAAGCGCCUGAACAGGAAUGUGAGCGAACUUGCAGCGAUUGCAACCGGUGUGUUCGUGGAGGAGGGCAAGACGAUGAGCCUGGAUGGCAAAAUGAUGGUGGUGGUCUUUGACGGCGAGGUGCGGGUUGGUAGGGAAACAAGGGCACUGUACGCGGGUGACAUCGUGUACGAUGAUUUUGUAGCAGUGAGCGAGGUGGAGGGGUACGUCCUGCCACGUGAGUGACACGCACCCGGCAACCACCAACGGAGUGUCCGCCCAAGUUUUUAUAAAGUUAACAUUAGUACACCGGCUGCGACUCGCUUGUCCGUUUUUAUAGGAAAGUCUUGUUGGGCACGUUUUUAUUGCCUUAUCCCUCCUCAAAUCGUUCGAGCGACUCUCCGAUAUUCCUGGGCCUCUGUCCCGCAAUACGCUUUGCACCGCAACAUUUCUACGACGGCAUUGCCGAUCAAUUCUUCAGAUAGCGUGUUAAACGUAAGUUGCUGCACUCCCUGCUUACCAUGGCUUGUUCGUAGAGACUGGCCAUGGAUCGUUGAUCAGCAAUCAUGAUUGGCCUCCACGAAUCAAAAAAUGUACUGGUUGAUGUAGCGUUGGAUGUAUUAGCAAUGAAAAGGUGCGUUUUCAAUAAAAGUCGAA